UGCAUUCUCACAUUGACAUUGUGAAUCUGAUUGAGUCAAGGUACACCAGUGUUGAUCAAACAUGUUUAUUCUCUCCACCCACAGUUUAGACGAAUAAAAAGGGUCUGCACUCAACCAUCAGCACUAGACUCCUGGCUUUGAGGAGCUAUUGCUUGAGCUCCUAUCACCUUACAAAGCGCAAAUCUUCCAGAAGAAAGCACCAGCUGCUCUUUAACUGCUCUUCUUCUUCCAGCAACUAAAAAUGAGGUGGUUUCUGCUCUUCUCUGAAUGGUUUGUGGACUGGGCUCGUGGUACAUACUGGUACCUGUUCGGCAGGAGAAGUGGACUGUGCAAGACGCCCAUCAGUCCUCAAAGCUCACUAGCUAUAGAUGAAAGAAAAAAGAACAGAGUGCUUCGAAAAGAAUUUGAUGAAUUUGAAGUGCCCAGAAACCUUGACGUCAUCGUGAUUGGCAGCGGUAUUGGUGGUUUGACUGCAGCGGCAACUUUAGCCAAACUAGGAAAGAAAGUCCUGGUGUUGGAGCAAGACAAGCAGGCAGGAGGCCUGUGUAAGACCUUCACUGAGAAAGGCUUUGAGUUUGACUGUGGCUUCCAUUAUGUUGGACAACUUCAUGAGAAUGGCUUCCUGAAAAUUGCACUGGAUCUGAUCACUGAUGGCCAGGUGCAUUUUGCUGAGCAGGGUUCCCAUGUGGACACUGUUGUUAUCGGUAAAGGCAAACAAUGUAAAAAAUACACUGUUUACAGCGGCAAGAAGCAGAUGGAGGCUCAUCUGAAGAAGCAGUUUCCCAAUGAUACUAAAGCAGUAGAGGAGCUCUUCAAAAUCAUGAAGAUUUGUUCCAAGAAGAUCCAUCUGCUGUGUAUGCUGAAGAUGGUCCCACUCUGGUUUGCUCGCUUCAUAUUAUGGAGUGGAAUUGCUGACUUGAUCUCCCCGAUUUUCAGAUACUCCCGCACCAGUACAACAGACAUGGUCAAGACUUUUACCAGCAACCGUGACCUCCUCACUGUGUUUUCUCAAAUAUUUUAUGGUGUCCCACCCAAACAAGCCAGUUGUAUGAUCGACGCCCUCUUCCUGCACCACUCCAAGCGUGGUGUGUAUUAUCCUAAAGGGGGCGCUGGUGAGAUCCCGUACCACAUCAUCCAGGUUUUGGAAAAGCAUGGAGGAAAAGUACUGGUCAAUGCUCCCGUGUCUAGCAUUCUAGUUGAUGGAAAACAAAAUGCAUAUGGAGUGGCUGUGAAGACAGAGGGUGAAGAUGUUGAAGUCCGGGCUCCUGUGAUUAUUUCAAAUGUUGGCAUGUUCACCACAUUCAAGAAGCUUCUUCCUCCAGAGAUCCAGGCAAAUCCAGGGAUCCAAGACUAUCUUCAUACUCUGAAACCAGGCAAAGGAUUUUUCCAGGUGUUUGCUGGUUUUAAUGCCACUAAGGAAGAUCUGGGCAUCUCCUCAACCAACAUGAGACUCUAUAAGAGCAACAACAUGGAUGAAGUGAUGGAAGAAUACUUUGCUUCAGACAAGGAGGACGCACCUGAUAACAUUCCCAUGAUGUAUGUCUCCUUCCCCUCUGCAAAGGAUCCCACCUCGCGUACCCGUUUCCCAGGGCAAUCACGCAUGGUGAUCCAUACUAUGGUCAAUCCAAAGUGGUUUGGACAGCUGAGCAAUGUCAAUGAGACUGAAAGAGGACAGGAAUAUGAAGAAUACAAGAUGAGAUUUGCUAAUCAUCUCUUUGACUGGGCUUGUGUCCACUUCCCCAAGCUGAAGGAGAAGUUGGUAAUGUUGCAUGCAGUCAGUCCCAUCAACAUGCAUGGGCUGGGGGCCACAUAUGGGUCCAUGCUGUCUGCAGAACACAGUCUGGAGAGAUUCGAACCUCUGAACAUUGCCAAGAUCAGGUGCAACACUCCCAUCAAGAACCUCUACCUGUCAGGGCAAGAUGUUUUCUCUGCUGGUUACUCUGGUGCUCUGCAUGGUGGUCUUCUCUGUGCUUCAAGUGUUGUAGAUCACUCUCUAUACAUUGACCUUCUGCUUCUCCAAAAGAAACUGAAGAGGAAGGGGGUCAAGAAACUAGAGUGAGAAAAGUGUCAAAUAAGUGAGAAGUGAGUUGUUGCUCAGAUAAAUGUAUCAAUUGUUAAACUAUUUCAUUCCCAUUUUAGUAUGUUUUAAAUAUGUAAAAACAGAAGAUCAAAGAGUGAGGGCUUGUCAGUAUCUAAACCUCAUAUACUCAGUGAGAUAAACUGCAUGCUUUGAUCAAAAUGCUAUAAAAUCAAGGUAAAUCUUAAGUACAAAGUUUGAAUGUUUUUAAUCUCAUUCUUAAUUAUAGUUAUAACAUGUACAUCAUCCACACAGUGAUCAUUCUGAAGAAUAAGAAUGAAUAAGAAAAACUAAGUUUUACAUUUGUAUGUACUGAAUGUUUGCAGUAAUGUAUUUGUGUUUCUCAAAAGCACUGCAAGCUAGAGACCAUUGGUGCCAAUGGCUUCACAAUCUACUUAGGCUUUCGAUACUUUUUGGAAAUGCAGCCCUGUUCUUCAUGCAUAUAAUGUUCUAGAUUAGUACCAUUUCUUUUCAUGUACAUUUGUCUGUUGUGCUGCAAAUUCUGUUGCAGUUAUCUUUGCUAUCGCAAUAUAUUAAUAAAGCUGUUAAUGAUUUACCAU